AUGAGACUGUUGCUGGGUUGUAAAGACAGCAAUUGUGUAAAAGAGCUGGUGUGUAACGUUGGGGCAAACACCGCGGUAAAGGGUUCCGAUACGGAUAUUUAUCUGGGCUCAUCGCAACUUGUUGGCGGUUCGCAAAAUGCCAUUGAUCGUUGGGUGCGCGUUAUCGAUGACGAUAGCAAGUUUGUAUUUGCAAGGAGUAAUGGUACGUUGCAACUAUGUGAAAGGAAAGCAGUUGUUAACUUAGAAUCUGUCGAGGAAGACGCCAGUAAGGUCCCCCUCUUUAAAUGGGAGGUUAUAAUGGAUUUCAAUGAAUCAUUGUUUGAUCAGAGUGUCUUGGACUCUCUCAUGGCGGCUUCUAAUAGGAGAACCAAAAUGCCGGAUGCAUUUGUUACUUUGUGUUGGUUGAAGAAAGGUGUCCUACUGGCAGCCACAAAAUCCGGAUUAGUCCAUAUCAUUUCUGUAUCGUCUAAGAACAAAAUUACAAAGACGUGUACCCAUAAAGUUAAGGCACCAUUGGAAUUUGUUCAAUUAUAUGAUAAUACAACUUUAAAGGACAAAUACGUUUUUGCAACCGGUGGUGAAGAAAAUCUGGUCAAACUGUUUGACUUGGAUAAAACUUACCAAAAGUUGAAUCAAAUAUGGGAGGCGAAGAAUGUUAAAAACGAUAGAUUAGAUAUGAAGGUACCGAUUUGGCCGAUGCAAUUAAGGUUUCUUGAUCCUGAACCAGUGUCCAGUGCGGAAAAUGAGGGCGAGUUAAACUUUCAGUUUGCUGUUGUCACUCGGUGGUCACAUCUGGGUAUAUAUCAAACCCGUCAUGGUAGAAAACCACUUCGUUACAUCGAUUUGUUUCCAGGACGUGAGCCAUUAACGUCACUGGAAUUUGUAGGCGAGACGACAGCUAAUAAGAACUUGAAAUCAUCAAAUAUCAAAGAGUUCAGUUUUGUCACGACAGACACAAAACAUGGGGUAUGGAAAUUUAAUGCUGCCGGUACUCUGCUGGGUAAAUACGGGAAAUCCGAUAUUGUUGGUGCUCCGACUUUUAUUAGCAUUUGUCAUGACGAGGGGUAUCUUUUACAGGGCGGGUUAGAUCGUUAUGUUCGUGUUUUCGAUGUUCAAUCCUUGAGAACCCUCGCCAAAGUGUAUACUCCAUCGAAAGUUAACCUCAUUGAAUUACUCGACAACAAACCAGUGCAAACUGCCGAGCCCGUUGUUGAUAAACAGAAAACGAAACAGAAGAGGAAGAGGGUCAUCGAAGAAACUGAAGAGGAUGUAGAUAAAUUAUGGGAUACACUGGAGAGUAAGGCAAAAAAAAUUAAAGAAUAA